AUGGCUUGCCUUCUCUUUGGCUUGAAACCCGUUCUCGUUGUGUGGCCUUCUGUUUAUCUUUGGUACGAGUACACGACGUCGGAAGAUAUGGCUGUUGAUCCUGACCCCACUGUUUCUGCUUUUUUUCUUGGCCUGGCAUAUAUUCAACUUGGCCUUCAUCUUUUGACCAUUACGCUGAUUUUGGUGAGCCAAUCUCGCGACGUAGGAAGAAAAGACGAUGAUGGACAGCAGAAAAAGUUUGCUAACAGUCGAUUCUGGCGAGUUGUCUUUCGACUGCUCAUCCAAUACCCAAUUAUUCCAGAGCUUCUUCGUGGAAUCAACAUCCUUGCUAUCUAUUUUUACUACACUCGCUAUUUAUUUCCUGGGCAAAAUGCGCACGUAUGGAACUUCGUCUACCUCGUCGCAACAUUCAUCUUUCUUCUUCCCGGAAUUCUGAGCGCUUUUCACGCUUUUCAGAUGAAAUUGUUUCCAAAAACAUCAUUUUUUCAAUUUUACCGAAAUCAAUGGUCAAUAGACCCAACAAGUAAAAGACGAAAAUUCCAUGAAAUCUGCUGCCAAUGCGCUGAAUAUGGCUUUUUUAUGCGAAUUAAUUACUACGUAUUCGAAGUGAUGAAGAUGAUACAACUCAUCAGUUUGGCCCUUCAACUUAUUCUGACAUCGUUGAUCACUCGUCAUUCUUGGCGAUACGUGCAAGGAGCAGAUCAACUUCAAGGGGUCAAAUCAAGCGUCUCAAAUUUCGACCCACCAUCUUAUGCUAGAUUUACAGAACCUUAUUCAACUCGAUUGCUGGACAACUCCUGCUCUUCCUUGAGCUCAGUCGAAAGCUUUCAUAUAGGACCUGUACCCCUCAACGAUCUUUUGAAAGGAAAGUGCAUGCUUCCAGCGGAAUGGGUCCUCUUUGUCUUUGGGAUAUUAAUGAUCUCGCUCGGAAUAAUUUCCCUUAUUCUUCUUGUUAUUGGUUUUGAUCCAACGACAGAAGAACUCGAAGAAAAAUUGAAGCCAGAAGAAGAUGAUGAGUAUAACUUUAUCACUCCAGCCCAGCGUGCAAGAAGUGAGCCGCAAAACAACAACUGCAGGAGAAUAUCAGAAGAUGUCACUGCCCAGUACAACCAAGAAAACGUCAACCAAAGCAAUAAUCGAAACGAAGAAUUGAAUUUGCUUGUCCGGGACAGAGUUGUCCCUCUUCAAAAUAGCUUUCAAAAUGCUUCUUCUGAAAUCGGCUAUGUUGAGCCAAACAACGGACCUGCGUACGAAGAACCUUAUCGUCUAAACCAAAGACGGUAUAGCAACGAUAGCUUUGAUACAGUAACCGUUGUAAAUUGA